AUGCCUAAAGCGUGUGGUGGACUAGCCUGUGGUGAACUAGUGCGUGGUGGACUAGCGCCUGGUGGACAAGCGUGUGGUGGACAGGCGUAUGGUGAAUUAGCGUGUGGUGGACUAGCGUUUGGUAGACUAGCGUGUGGUGAACUAGUGUGUGGUGGACUAGCGUUUGGUAGACUAGCGUGUGGUGGACUAGCGUGUGGUGGACUAGCGUGUGAUGGUCUAGCGUGUGAUGGACAAGCGUAUGAUGGACUAGCGUGUGAUGGGUUAGCGUAUGGUGGACUAGCGCCUGGUGGACAAGCGUGUGGUGGACUAGCGUGUGGUGGACUAGCGUUUGGUAGACUAGCGUGUGGUGGACUAACGUGUGGUGGACUAGCGUGUGAUGGACUAGCGUGUGAUGGGCUAGCGUAUGGUGGACUAGCGCCUGGUGGACUAGCGUGUGGUGGACUAUCUUAUGAUAGACUAGCGUUACAGCGUAAACGGAACGGCUAA